AUGGAAAGUAGAACCAUUCUUGAUGCUCAGAUAAGCGCAUCUUCACAGAUGGAUAGCAACCACUCUGCAUCACAUGCAAGGCUGCAUUUGCAAGCAGAUGGGAGCACAUCUGGCGGCUGGUCUGCUCUCACAAAUGAUGUCAACCAAUGGCUUCAGGUGGAUUUCGGUAGCUAUACGCUAGUUACACGGAUAGCGACCCAAGGGGAGAAUGGAUACAGCAACUGGGUGACCAAAUACAAGUUAAAGUACAGUGAUGAUGGUACUACCUUCCAGUUUUACAAAGACGUCGGAGGUACAUCUCCAAAGGUAAUCAGUGAUCAGCAUCAAAUUUCUACUUGUGAUGUCAAUGCUUUGUAAAAACAGAGUGUUCAUGAGAAUUACGGACAUGAUCACACAAGAUGAAUUUGCUUGAUAUUUUAAUUAGGGUUAAGCAGUGCCUUUUAUAGAUUAGGGUUAAGCGCUGCCUUUACAGAUUAGGGUUAAGCACUACCCGUAACAGAUUAGGGUUAAGCACUUCCUUUACUGACAAGAGUUAAGCACUGUUUCGAAACUGGUUACGUUCUUUUUUUGGAUCGGGGUUGAUUCAAAAUGUACUUACAUUAUUUCCCUCUCAUCCAGCAAAUCCUUAGUGGUCUAGUGGUUAGCGUGAUGUACUGGUACUUCUGGUCUUGAGUUCGAAUCCUGCUGCCCAUCAUUACAAAACGUUUUUCUCUCAGACUUGUACUUUCAUGAACAUUUCCAGCCUGAAAUGUCAUCUAAGUGUGAUAUAAACUGCAGAAAACACUUCUUCCUUGUAGGGCAGAAAUGGGCUACGGCCGAUGGGAUCUAAUGCUGACCAAGCUGCACUUCUGACCUCAUCGGUUGAUUAAUCACAAAAUUCUUCCAAAUUUGGUCAUCAGUAGCUGGUUAUGGUGAAUUAUGCGUGUACUUUUAGCCAAUCAGAAUCGGGGAAAUAUUUUGAAUGAAUAAUAAUCAGUUUUAAAGUCGAUCUCCAGGGAUUAUUAUGAAAACACAGUUUUAUCGUAACUUUCAGGUGUUUAGUGGAAACACAGAUAGUGAGGCGGUUGUGUACAACAAACUUCCAUCGUCGAUCAAGACACGCUUCAUUCGUCUUUUGCCAACGCAGUGGAGAAAUCAGAUUUCAAUGAGGAUUGAAGUUUACGGUUGUCCA